AAUGAUUAGCUAGGCUCCAGCUCGUGAAGCGCUGUGGUGGAAGGAGCGUCUGGAUGAGAGCAGAAGAAUGAAGCCUUGAGUACAUGAUCUCAUUCACUCAGCUGAGACUGCACGAGCAGCACCCGAGUGCGCGAGGACAAGCCACAAGUGCUGUUUCUGGAUCUAUUUUUUAUUCUUACGUGAUUAAUUUCCUUUCCUUGAACAGACCAAUGUUGGAUAUAUGUUAAGCCUGCGUGGAAUCCCACAACUAUCCAUAAGAAGGAAUGCAUCUUUUCCUCGUGAAACUAAUUCUUCUGAUAUCACUCCUUACUUGGACGCAAGGCCUGGAAUGUUCAGAAAAAUGCCAAAACGGUGGUACAUGUGAACCUACUGCAGAUGGGAGAGGAGAAUGCAGGUGUCCUGAGCCGUUUGCCGGCACAGCGUGCCAGUUCCGCAACCCUUGCUUCCAGUCCCCGUGCAGAAAUGGCGGCGUGUGCCAUUUGAUUACUUCUGUCAACAAGGUGGACUUUGUGUGCAACUGCAGCCUGGGCUACUCGGACCGACUGUGUCUCACUCCCACCAAUAAUGUGUGCCUUAGCUCCCCGUGCCGAAACGGAGGCACGUGUGAACUCACCAGCAUCCACACUUACAAGUGUAAAUGCCCACCAGGCUGGUCAGGUAAGAACUGCCAUCAAGCUGAUCCUUGUGCCUCAAAUCCUUGUGCCAAUGGCGGUAAGUGUAGUCCCUUUGAUUCCGACUACAUCUGCCACUGCACGCCCUUCUUCUCAGGCCAAACCUGCAAGCAAGACAUCAACGAGUGUGCCCAGAGUCCCUCUCCUUGCAAGAAUGGUGGCGUGUGUGAGAACGAGGUGGGCACGUAUCGCUGCAACUGCCCUGCAGAGUACACUGGGAGACAUUGCGAGACCCUCUAUCAGCCCUGUAACCCUUCACCAUGCUACCACGGAGGCACUUGCGUCCAGAAGGGAGAGACGAGCUACGAGUGCUCGUGCUUGCCAGGAUUUAGUGGUCAGAACUGUGAGGAGAACAUUGAUGACUGUCCAGACCAUCGCUGCCUUAAUGGAGGGACCUGUGUGGAUGGAGUGAACACCUACAAUUGCCAAUGCAAGCCAGAGUGGACAGGUCAGUUCUGUACCGAAGACGUCAACGAGUGCGAUUUGAUGCCCAAUUCCUGCCAGAAUGGUGGUACAUGCUUGAAUACACAGGGUGGAUACAACUGUGUGUGUGUGAACGGCUGGACAGGGGACGACUGCAGUGAGAACAUCGAUGACUGCGCAGAUGCAGCCUGCCACGUAGGAGCCACAUGUCAUGAUCGGGUGGCCUCCUUCCUGUGUGAAUGCCCUCAUGGGCGCACAGGUCUGUUGUGUCACCUGGAUGAUGCUUGCAUUAGUAACCCAUGUCAGAAAGGCUCCAACUGUGACACCAAUCCAGUCAACGGCAAGGCCAUCUGUACCUGUCCUCUGGGUUACGUUGGUCCAGCCUGUGACCAAGAUGUUGACGAAUGCUCGCUGGGUGCAAACCCUUGCGAACAUGCUGGAAAGUGUAUAAACACAAAAGGUUCCUUCCAGUGUAAAUGUCUGCAGGGAUAUGUAGGAGCUCGAUGUGAACUGGACAUAAACGAGUGCAUGUCCAACCCAUGCCAGAAUGACGCUACCUGUUUGGAUCAAAUCGGAGGCUUCCAUUGCAUCUGUAUGCAAGGGUACGAGGGAGUCUUCUGUCAGAUCAAUACUGAUGAGUGCGCCAGCAUGCCCUGCCUCAACAAUGGGAAGUGCAUCGACAAGAUCAACAACUACCAAUGCGAGUGCCCCACAGGAUUCUCGGGGAGUCAGUGCCAGUUCGACAUCGAUGAGUGCGCUAGCACCCCCUGUAAAAAUGGGGCCAAGUGUAUCGAUGGGCCCAACAUGUACACCUGCCAGUGCGCUGAAGGAUACACAGGGCAGCAUUGUGAAACAGAUGUAGAUGAGUGUCUAUCCAACCCAUGUCACUAUGGCACCUGUAAAGAUGGCCUGGCAUCCUUCACCUGUUUAUGUCGUGGGGGUUUUAUGGGCCGUCUGUGUGAGAUCAACAUUAAUGAGUGUCUCAGUCAGCCAUGCCAAAAUGGAGGCACCUGCCAGGACCGUGAGAAUGCCUACUUAUGCAUCUGCCCUAAAGGAACCACAGGUGCUAACUGUGAGGUUAACCUAGACGACUGUCAAAGCAAUCCCUGCGAUUUUGGAAGAUGCAUUGACAAGAUAAAUGGCUAUGAGUGUGCCUGUGAACCGGGAUACACAGGGAAAAUGUGUAACAUUAACAUUGAUGAAUGUGCCAUCAACCCCUGUCACAAUGGUGGAACCUGCGUUGAUGGAGUCAAUGGCUUUACAUGUCUGUGCAGAGAGGGGUAUCGUGACACCACCUGCCAAUCACAGCUCAACGAAUGCCUUAGCAACCCCUGUAUCCAUGGACACUGUGAAGACAAAGUCAAUGGAUAUAACUGUAUUUGUGACUCCGGCUGGAGUGGUGUCAACUGUGACGUCAAUAACAAUGAGUGUGAGUCCAAUCCCUGUAUGAAUGGAGGCACCUGUAAGGACAUGACCAGCGGCUACGUCUGCACAUGCCGCGCUGGCUUCAGCGGUCCCAACUGCCAAACAAAUAUCAAUGAAUGUGCCUCCAACCCUUGCUUGAAUCAAGGAACCUGUAUUGAUGACGUGGCUGGAUACAAAUGCAACUGUUUGCUGCCUUACACUGGCGAGAACUGUGAAACCCUGUUGGCCCCGUGCAGCCCUAAACCCUGUAAGAAUGGAGGCGUAUGUAAGGAGUCCGAAGACUACGAGAGCUUCUCUUGUGUGUGUCCUGAAGGAUGGCAAGGCCAAACAUGUGAAGUGGACAUCAACGAAUGUGUCAAAAACCCUUGCCGAAAUGAUGCCGUCUGUCAAAACUCUAUUGGCAGCUACAAAUGCAGCUGCAAAUCAGGCUACACGGGCCGCAACUGUGAGACAGACAUUGACGAUUGCAAGCCCAACCCUUGCAGUAACGGUGGCUUCUGUAAAGAUGCUGUGAAUGCCUUCACUUGCACCUGCCUACCAGGUUUCCGGGGCAGCAAAUGUGAGGAGGACAUUAAUGAAUGUGACAGUAACCCAUGUAAACAUGGUGCGAACUGCACUGAUUGUGUGAACAGUUACACCUGUACCUGUCCACCUGGAUUCAGUGGGAUUCACUGUGAGAACAACACACCUGACUGUACUGAGAGCUCUUGUUUUAAUGGUGGCACAUGUGUGGAUGGCAUCAACAGCUUCACGUGCCUGUGCCCAGCGGGGUUCACUGGAAACUACUGCCAGCAUGACAUCAACGAGUGCGACUCCAGACCCUGCAUGAAUGGAGGCACCUGUCAGGACAGCUAUGGCACAUACAAGUGCACCUGCCCUCAGGGAUACCAUGGCCUUAACUGCCAGGAGCUGGUGAACUGGUGUAAGCCGUCUCCCUGUAAGAACGGAGGUAUCUGCAGACAGAGCGGCACUAGGUACAGCUGCCAGUGUCAGACGGGCUGGACUGGUUUAUACUGUGACGUCCCCAGCGUUUCCUGCGAGGUGGCCGCCAAACAGCAAGGUGUAGAGGUGGCCCGGCUGUGUCGUAACUCUGGCCAGUGUCUGGACGCUGGAAACACACACUAUUGUCACUGUCAGGCCGGAUACACAGGCAGCUACUGUGAGGAGCAGGUGGAUGAAUGCAUUCCCAAUCCUUGCCAGAAUGGAGCAACCUGCACCGACUACCUGGGCGGCUAUUCCUGUGAAUGUGUGCCAGGUUAUCAUGGAGUGAACUGCUCUGAUGAGAUCAAUGAGUGUCUGUCUCAGCCCUGCCAGAACGGAGGCACAUGCAUCGACCUGAUCAAUACCUACAAAUGCUCCUGUCCCCGGGGAACACAAGGUGUGCACUGUGAAAUCAACAUUGACGACUGCACACCCUUUACCGACCCCAUCACCCAAGAACCCAAAUGCUUUAACCAGGGCCGCUGUGUGGACCGUGUGGGCGGGUACCACUGCAUCUGCCUAGCCGGAUAUGUGGGGGAACGCUGUGAGGGUGAUGUCAAUGAAUGCUUGUCCAACCCUUGUGACCCCCGUGGCACGCACAGCUGCAUCCAGCUCACUAACAACUACCGCUGCGAUUGUCGCACAGGAUACACAGGUCAGCGCUGUGACAAAGUGUUUGAUGGCUGUAAGGGGAAACCUUGCCGUAAUGGAGGCACCUGCGCUGUGGCUAGUAACACUCCUCAUGGCUUCAUCUGCAAAUGUCCACCGGGUUUUACAGGCUCAACUUGUGAGUAUGAUGCUCAUGCCUGUGGUAGUCUCCAUUGUAAAAAUAGCGGUACAUGCAUUUCUGGUUACAAGAGCCCCAAAUGCCUGUGCACCCCUGCCUUCACUGGUCCUGAGUGCCAGUAUCCCACUGAGGGUCACUGCACAACCAACCCAUGCUACAAUGGAGGCACGUGCGAGUAUAUCUCAGAGGCCCCAUACUACCACUGCAUCUGUCCUACCGGCUUCAAUGGCCUCUUCUGCCACAUCCUGGACUACAGCUUCCCAGGUGGCCCUGCUCGAUAUAUCACACCUGCUCCAGAAGUGACAGUGAGAUGCGAGAUAGCAGAGUGUGAAUACAAGAAAGGCAAUAAGAUCUGUGACAGCACAUGUAAUAAUUACGCCUGCGACUGGGAUGGAGGGGACUGCUCUCUGAACUUCAAUGCCCCGUGGCAGAACUGUUCGGCCGCGCUGCAGUGCUGGCGCUAUUUUAAUAACGGGAAGUGUGAUGAACAGUGUCACAAUGCUGGAUGCCUCUAUGACGGAUUUGACUGCCAGAGACUGGAGGGCCAGUGCAAUCCACUCUACGACCAGUAUUGCAAAGACCACUAUGCAGAUGGCCACUGUGACCAGGGCUGCAAUAAUGCAGAGUGUGAAUGGGACGGCCUGGACUGUGCCAGCAACAUACCCGAGAAGUUAGCUGCUGGACUCCUGGUUUUGGUGGUCCACAUUUUGCCUGACCAGCUCCAAAACAACUCCUUUGGAUUUCUGCGGGAGCUCAGCCGAGUGCUCCACACCAACGUUGUUUUCCGGCGCGACAGCAAGGGAGAGGAAAUGAUCUACCCAUAUUAUGGCAACGAGCAGGAGCUGAGAAAGCACAACAUCAAACGAUCACUAGAUGGCUGGAGCGAUGCUUCUAGCAACGUCUUGAGCUCUGUAAAAAGCAUCAUUUACAAUAUAGCGGUGGAAGGAGGGAGAAAACGCAGAGAACUGGACGAGAUGCAGAUCAAAGGCUCUGUGGUAUAUUUGGAGAUUGACAACCGCCAAUGCUACCAACAAACCUCUGAGUGCUUCCAGAGUGCAAACGAUGUGGCGGCUUUCCUCGGAGCCCUGGCUUCCAGCGGCAGUCUGAAUAUGCCUUACGUAAUCGAGGCCGUCACAAGUAAGAUUGAUGGACCGCCGGCCAUAGAGCUCUAUCCAGUCUACGUGGUUCUGGCAGGACUGGCACUGCUGGCCUUUGUCGCCGUGGGAAUGGUCGCCUCCCGUAAACGCCGCCGCGAACACGGUCAACUCUGGUUUCCGGAGGGUUUCAAGACCAGCGAGCCCAGCAAGAAGAAGAGGAGGGAGCCGGUCGGCGAAGACUCUGUUGGUCUGAGGCCACUUAAGAACUGUUCAGACAUUUCAUUAAUGGAUGACAACCAGAAUGAAUGGGGAGAAGAAGAACCAUCAGACACGAAACGCUUCAGGUCAGAAGAGCAGGCGAUGCUUGAUUUAGACGAUCAGCCAGAUCACCGGCAGUGGACGCAGCAGCACUUGGACGCAGCCGAUCUACGCAUCCCAUCCAUCGCUCCCACACCCCCUCAGGGCGAGAUAGAGAACGACUGCAUGGAUGUCAAUGCCCGAGGACCAGAUGGCUUUACUCCACUAAUGAUUGCAUCCUGUAGUGGAGGAGGACUAGAAACAGGAAACAGCGAGGAAGAGGAGGAUGCUUCAGCCAACGUCAUCAAUGACUUCAUCUACCAAGGUGCCAACCUUCACAACCAGACAGACCGUACGGGUGAGACCUCCCUACACCUGGCUGCCCGCUAUGCCCGCUCAGAUGCUGCAAAAAGGCUCCUGGAGGCCAGUGCAGAUGCCAACAUCCAGGACAAUAUGGGACGGACUCCAUUACAUGCUGCUGUGGCUGCAGAUGCACAAGGGGUCUUCCAGAUUUUGAUACGGAACCGUGCCACAGACCUGGAUGCCCGCAUGCAUGAUGGCACCACACCUCUGAUACUGGCAGCAAGACUUGCAGUCGAGGGCAUGGUGGAGGAACUCAUCAACUGCCAUGCUGAUGUCAAUGCCAUAGAUGAUUCUGGUAAAUCUGCACUUCACUGGGCAGCAGCUGUGAACAACGUAGAUGCAGCGAUGGUAUUGCUUAAGAACGGGGCAAAUAAAGAUAUGCAGAACAAUAAGGAGGAGACUCCUCUAUUCUUGGCGGCAAGAGAAGGAAGUUACGAGACUGCUAAAGUUCUUCUCGAGCAUUUCGCUAAUCGGGAGAUCACAGACCAUAUGGAUCGGCUCCCGCGGGAUAUCGCUCAGGACAGAAUGCAUCACGACAUCGUGCGGCUCAACGACGAAUACAACCUGGUCCGCAGCCCUCCCAUGCACAGCGCCCCCCUCUGCACCACCCUCUCCCCGCCUCUCUGCUCCCCCAACACCUUCAUGGGUAGCAUGAAGCCCUCCGUACAUAGUAAAAAAACCCGCAAGCCAAGCACAAAAGGCAUCGGUUGCAAAGAUAUGAAAGUCAAAAGGAAGAAGGCACAGGAUGGAAAGGGAAACUUACAAGACAGCUCAGCCGUGCUCUCACCUGUCGAUUCGUUGGAGUCACCUCACGGGUACAUAUCUGACGUCGCCUCCCCACCCCUGAUGACAUCACCUUUCCAGCAAUCACCCUCCAUGUCGCUUAAUCACUUACAGGGUAUCUCAGACACCCACAUGGGCGUCAACCACCUGGGGAUGGGCAACAAGCAAGAACUGGCCCAUAUACAGUUCGAUCCUUUACCCCCACGUCUCACCCAUCUUCCAGUGACCGGAUCUAACGGCUCUAACAUCAUGAACGGCCAAUGCGAAUGGCUCGGGCGGAUGCACAAUAGCAUGGGUCUGCAAAAUCAAUUCGGAGCCAUGAGGAACGCCUCAGGUCAGGCCAACCUUCACCAAUCUGGCCUGAUGACGUCUCUUCACAACGGCCGUCCCGCCACGCUGUCUCAGAUGAUGAACUAUCAAAGCCUGCAGAACACUCACCUCACCACACAGCCGCAUCUAAUGAUGCAGCAGAACAUGCAACAGAGACAGCAGCAGACGAACGUCCAGCUGCAGCACCAGAGCUCCAAUCCACCCAGCGGCGUGAGCCAAAAUUUACUCGGUGGCGAAUUGGGUGGACCGGAGCUCCAGCAGAGCAUCCACACCAUCAUCCCCCAGGAGACCCAGCUGCUGAACCCAUCCUCUCUGGGCUCCAGCAUGGCGGGAACGCAGUUCCUGACACCACCUUCCCAGCACAGUCACUCAGCCCCAAUGGACACCAACACCCCCAGCCACCAACUCCAAGGGCCUGACCACCCAUUCCUCACGCCGUCUCCGGGUUCACCGGACCAGUGGUCCAGUUCAUCACCUCAUUCUAACAUGUCUGACUGGUCGGAGGGUAUUUCCAGCCCGCCCACCAGCAUGCAGUCGCAAAUCGGACACAUACCGGAGCAGUUCAAGUAAAAACAGCCUGCUUACUGAAGGUCUUUUAUAUGCUCUUGUACUAACCAUAUAUCUUUUUUAUUUAUUGGUAUUUUGUUAUUUAUACUGUUUUCACCAUUCAUUUAGAAAUUUGGGCAAAAUAAAUUAUCUUAAAAAUAAUGCUAUUGACCGCAAUACACUGUACUCGAAUGUACACACUGGGUAUUUAUUGGUCUUAUUUCAAUUGAUCGGCCUUCAUUUUUGUUUGAUUAAUUAUACCUAAUAUUGUAAAAACGCAAAGUUCUUGUACGGGCAUUUUAGCGAGCAUGUUUUUAUACAACAAACUUCAGUGUUAAAGUAGAUUUAUGUUGUUUGAACCAUGCUGCUUUUCCAUUAUUAGAAGAUGAAUGAUUGAAUUUGUUUCAUGUUUUUUCCUGAUAUUUGUUAUGGUUAAGUUCUCAUCAUUUUUUUUUAAUACUACAAUUAAGUAGUGGUAUUAUAAUUGAACAUUUGUAUAGUUCAAAGAGAUUUGCUUUCUUUCUCGCUCUCUUGUAUAUUAAAUUCCUGCAAAAGCAGAUUUCUGAACGUCCGCUGUAAGUGUGGAUGUGAAAGUGAGGAUCUGAGCUACUUACAAGAAAUGAUAUUGCCUUGUAUGAAACAGAUGCCGAUAUCAAGUUCUCUGUAUCUUUUUCCUCCAAUUUUGUAGAACUGGUCACGUGGCCAAAAGUGUCUGGGGUUUUAUGGAGGUGUUUCAAAUUGAACUUCUCUUUGCUGUACUUCAGUUUUGUAUCUUCGUUUGAGCCUAUGGCUAAUGUAAAUAUAUAUAUUGUAUGCGUUUGUUAUGUAAACAGGAUUUUGUUUCAGAAAUCUUAAGUGUGCCAUGAAAGUUUUAAAUAUUUUAAUGCUACGUAGUUGUUUUCUAUCAUAUGCAGAACGUAUAUAUUUUUCUCAGUAUCACUGGGGUAGAGACUAUAAGAAAUGUAUACACACAAAUGAUUAGAGGAUAUAACAUACAGAAUAACAUAAGUAGAUGAUUUAUGACUCACUAUUUGUUGACCACUAAUAGUUUUCCACAAAAUUACAAAAAUAAGGUCCCAUAAAGGGAUGAGGUGGUGUCAUAUAUCCCCUUUAAGCCAUCAGUACUUCCAAGUGCAUCAGAUUUGAUACAGUGCAUAGG